AUGGCGAUAUGCGUUUUACAGGCGAUUCUGCCGGAGCGUGACGUGGCAUUAAAUGUAGUGGACGGGACGCUUCUUCUUCAACAGCUAAUCAGCCACCUCGGUAUCUUGCUAGCCAACAUAGCCGAAACAAGAGGACGUCUGCUGGACCGAGAACAGGGUCUGUGGCUUAAUAUUGUCGUGAAAGAAGAGGAGGAAGAGAAGGAUGUCACAGUGAAAGGCGAUGAAGAAGCUUCCAGAGUGAAAGAGGACGAGACUGGAGAUCUGAUUAACACCAGUGAAAGACCAGACUCUCACAGAAGGAAAAGUCCUUCAGGGGAACCAGACCCACAGAAGACCAAACCAGCAAGACCACACCACUGCUCCCAGUGUGGAAAGUGUUUUAGACACUCGGGGAACCUGAAAACGCAUGAGAUGAUACAUACAGGAGAGAAGCCAUAUCAAUGCUCCCAGUGUGGAAAGGGUUUUAGACUCUCAGGGCAUCUAAAAGUGCAUGAAAGAACACACACUGGAGAGAAGCCAUAUCUAUGCUCCCAGUGUGGAAAGGGUUUUGGACACUCGGGCAAUCUAAAACUGCAUGAAAGAACACACACUGGAAAGAAGCCAUAUCUAUGCUCCCAGUGUGGAAAAGAAUUUUUCUCAUCUGGGGACCUGAAAAAACAUGAGAGAACGCACUUAGUAGAGAGGCCUUUCCAAUGUGACCAAUGUGGAAAGAGAUUUAUUCAGUCAGCGCAUCUGAGAGAUCACGAGAGAAUACACCCAGGAGAACAACCAUUCCACUGCUCCUUGUGUGGGAAAAGUUUUACCCAUUCAUGGAACCUGAAAAUGCAUGAGAUGACACACACAGGAGGGAAGCCUUUCAGCUGCUCCCAGUGUGGAAAAAGCUUUAGCCAGUUAGGGACCUUGAAAACGCAUGAAAUGACACACACAUGAGAAGGAGAGAAGCCUUUCACUG